GUUGAGCAGAAGCUUCCCAGACUUCCCAGCUUCCCAGUGUCAACCCGUCUUCACUAGAUCAGAGAGGUUGCACAAAGUGCAAGCUUUCAGUCAUUAGACCUUCAUCAGGCAGAGGCCACAGAGGAUUCUUCUUUAAAAUUCUGUAUAAGAUUUCUUUUUAAGGAUGCAGUUGCUUUUGAUUGCAAGCGUCCUUUUCACAGCUUGCUGUGCUGCUCCUCAAGAUUUGUCAGGUAAAAUUUUUACGUUUCCUGUGGAGUCCAAUGUUGCCCGUGCCAGACUCCAGCCAUCAGGAAAUAACUUUACCUCUGCAACAGUCUGCCUCAGGUUCUUUACCGACCUUACUCGAGGCUACUCUCUUUUUUCAACUGCAUCCAGUGCCAGUAACAAUGACUUAAGUAUUGAAGCAAACAAAGGUCUUUUUGUGUUCACACGUGCUAAAGUCUCUCGAUUUAAUGGCCUACCAGACAAGCCAAACACCUGGUACUCCAUCUGCACCACCUGGGAUUCCAACUCUGGAUUGGCUCAGGUCUGGAUCAACGGGAAUCCAAGUACCAGGAAGCUCGGAUUCAAGGGGAAUCUGGAUGGAGAGCUAAACAUAGUGCUGGGACAAGAGCAGGAUGCAGUGGAUGGAGGGUUUGAUGCAAAGCAGUCAUUUGUAGGGAUGAUCACUGAUGUCCACAUGUGGGACUAUGUCCUUUCUGCUUGUGAGAUCCAGCGCUUUGCAAAUGAUCUGAACUUCACCCCCGGUAAUGUUAUCAACUGGAGAGCCCUUGAUUUCACCAUCGUUGGAGAUGUUGUCAUUGAGGACAGUCAGAGAAAUGGCUGUUUUCAUUAGUGAUGAUAAAUAAAUGGGUAAACAAAUCAAUCACAAAUCAACGUAACUGCAGUAGUAGGCUAAGUAGUAAAUAAAUCUAGAAUAUUGUCCCAGAAAAUGUGUUCUGUAUUUGAAAUCAUGAGCAUAUUUUAUAACUGUUUUGUAUAACCUCUUUCAAAAAUGUAUCUGAUUAAAAAUAGUGUCUAAUAGUAUUGCAUAGGCCUGUUCUUCCCCUUUUUUUGUUAUUCCAUAAUGACUUUGAUUAAGGAUGAAUAAAUGACAUAAUGAUUUGGG